CGACAUACAACAAUCUCACCCUCGGUUACUUCUUUUGAACAAGCUCCAUCUCGGAUGCUCCUACAGUCAAACAAUGGAUGCUGCAGCUCAGUUCAAGGUGGUUUCCCAGGGCGAUUAUGCCCGAAAGAUUCGAGCUUCGCAGCAUCGCCCUUCGCACACAAAGUCCACGUCCGGCUGUCUGAUGUGUAAGGCGAAGAAGGUCAAGUGUGACGAAACGAAGCCAAUAUGUGUCAGGUGCCAAAGAAAUGGCCGGCAGUGCGCUUAUCCCCAGUCAGGAAUUUGCAAAGCUACCCCAUCCUACUCAACCUCCAUGAGCCGUCAAAAUCCAGGUAGCGCUUUAUCUGUCCUAAGCGCCGUUACCAUUAUCUCUUUCUCCUCUCCUAGUGCAAAGAACGGUACCCCCAGUGUGUAUCUCAUGCAGCAUUUACAUCAAGACUGGGGCCAAAUAUUCGACAUCCCCUGCAGCCCAGAAAUCCUCUCGUUGUUUAAAUCGCACUCCCUCGUCCGCAACACCAUCCUCGCCAUCACGGCGUGUCAUCUUCGACAUGUUUCGCCUGGAGUCAUUCACCAUCGAGUAGCGGAACAUUUCCAGCAGUCCCUCGCGCUUCACGACUACCAGGCCACUCUAGAUACACCUCGGCAGGAGCUGGGCCAGUCCGAUGUGGAUGUGCUGCUUGUGAGCGCCGUCUUGCUGAACAUUCUGGCCCUUACACUUCCAGAAUCCGAGACUUCUGAAGUGAGUGAUUCAUGGGUUUUCAGUCUUCGCCAGGACAGACUGGGCUGGCUAGCCUUGCAGGCCGGUCUUCGGCCAUUGAUCGUGUCCAUGUGGGGACAGGAGGAGGCAAAUCUGAAAAGAUCAUUGGAUUUUCUUAGUAGAGUUUUUCUCGGGGUCGGCAAUGGGGACUGGGCACCGGUGCGGCCGACUCAUAAUCUGGACGGAGUCCCUGACACUUGGAUUAAAGUCUUUGGUCUCGACAAAGGCCCAGAUGAUGAAAACGAGGAAAACGAGGACGAUAUUUUCCGCGCGCCCGUUACAGUCUUGAUAUGGUUACGAAAGCUGGAGCCCGUUCGAAAAAAUGUCUUGCUCAACUUCACAUUUCUUAGCAAGAUGAACACAAAACUCCGCGACAUGCUGUUCACCAGAGAUGAGAGAGCUAUGUGGUUGUUUGGAUAUUGGCUAGGACUUAUGAGCGGAUUCAAAGGUGUAUGGUGGUGUGAUAAACGUGUGGAGAGGGACUAUCAAGCGAUUCUCAUAUGGCUUGAGCACCUCCGUCUUGAUGACCGACCUGGGAUUGAAGGGAAGUUGUGGAAAGAAUUGAUGAUGGAUAUUAAAUUAGCGCCGGUAUUUAUUCAGUUGUGA